UGCACCUUCCUUCGGCUGCAGCGGUCCCGCGCUCGCUCGCACUCCUCCGGGCGACCGCGCCCCCGUCCGUCGCCAUGGUCCCGCCGCGGCCGCCGUGGGCUGCGCGCUGAGCCGCCCGGGUCCCCGAGCGUGGCCGCCCGGGCCGCCGCGUGCACGCACGCCAUGGCCCCGACCCUGCUCCAGAAGCUCUUCAACAAAAGGGGCGGCGGCGCGGCGUCCGCCCAGGCCCGGCCGCCUAAGGAGGAGCCUGCCUUCAGUUGGUCAUGUUCGGAGCUGGACCUGAGCGACAUUCGCCUGAUAGUGUACCAGGACUGUGAGAGGAGAGGCAGACAGGUCAUGUUUGAUUCCAGAGCCGUUCAGAAGACAGAAGAGGCAGCUGCUCAGAAAGCAGAGGAUGUCCCUGUUAAAAUGUCAGCCAGGUGCUGUCAAGAACGCGGGAGUGUUGGCAGCGGCGGCAGCAGCUCUUUCCACAGCUCUGGAGGAUCUUUACAGCACGCUAAGGAGCAGCUUCCGAAGUACCAAUACACAAGACCGGCGUCCGACGUCAACAUGCUUGGGGAAAUGAUGUUCGGCUCUGUUGCCAUGAGUUACAAAGGCUCCACCCUGAAGAUACACUACAUACGUUCUCCUCCACAGCUGAUGAUUAGUAAAGUCUUCUCGGCUCGAAUGGGUAGCUUCUGCGGAAGCACAAAUAACCUGCAGGACAGCUUUGAAUACAUCAACCAAGAUCCUCAGGUUGGAAAACUGAACAGUUUGGGUCCCUGUCGCGCUGGAAGUAACCUAGGUCUGCUGCAGGCAUGCAGCGGCAAGCUGCUGCAGGGGGUGUCCGAAGGAGGACCGCUCCGGCUCACCCGCAGCGCUUCUUUCUUUGCAGCACACAGCACACCGGUUGACAUGCCCAGCAGAGGUCAGAAUGAAGACAGGGACAGCGGCAUUGCUCGAUCAGCUUCGCUGAGCAGCCUUUUGAUCACACCCUUCCCGUCCCCAAGCUCCUCUACGUCCUCUUCCAGCAGCUAUCAGCGCCGCUGGCUUCGAAGUCAGACGACGAGUUUGGAAAAUGGCAUCUUUCCAAGGAGGUCAGCGGAUGAGACGUUUAGCUUGGCUGACGAAGCCUCUAGCUCCAAUCCAGCCAUAGUGAGAAGGAAGAAAAUUGCCAUAAGCAUCAUCUUUUCCCUGUGCGAGAGAGAAGCAGCACAGCAGAACUUCCAGGACUUCUUUUUCUCCCAUUUCCCCCUGUUUGAAUCUCACAUGAACAGGCUGAAGAGUGCCAUUGAGAAGGCCAUGAUCUCCUGUAGGAAGAUCGCAGAAUCAAGUCUCCGUGUCCAGUUUUAUGUGAGCCGUCUGAUGGAAGCUCUGGGAGAAUUCAGAGGGACUAUCUGGAACUUGUAUUCUGUUCCAAGGAUAGCCGAACCAGUGUGGCUCACCAUGAUGUCGAGUACGUUGGAAAAAACUCAGCUCUGCCAGCGCUUUCUCAAGGAAUUUAUACUUCUGAUCGAGCAGGUCAACAAAAACCAGUUUUUUGCCGCCUUACUGACUGCCGUGUUAACCUACCACUUGGCCUGGGUACCAACUGUCAUGCCUGUUGAUCACCCCCCCAUUAAAGCCUUCUCGGAGAAGCGUACCUCUCAGUCGGUGAACAUGCUGGCCAAAACACAUCCGUACAAUCCUCUCUGGGCCCAGCUGGGUGACCUUUAUGGAGCGAUAGGCUCUCCGGUGAGACUGACCCGCACAGUGGUGAUUGGAAAGCAGAAGGAUUUGGUCCAGCGCAUCCUUUAUGUUCUGACCUACUUUCUCCGCUGUUCGGAACUACAAGAGAAUCAGCUGACCUGGAAUGGGACUCCUAGUGAGGAUGACCAGGUUAUAAACGGGAGCAAGAUUGUAACAGCCUUGGAAAAGGGAGAGGUGGAAGAGACUGAGUACGUGGUCGUCACGGUGAGAAACGAGCCUGCUCUUGUGCCGCCGGUCCUACCGCCAGUGACCACGGAGAGGAGGAGCCCGGAACCUACAGGAGUUGCUGAGACCCCAGAGGGCACGCAUACUCGUGAACUGGGUCACAGUCCUGAGAAAAACAAGUGCAAGAGGCCAGAGCAGAGUUCUGAGGCCAGUAGCGUGGGAUUCCAAGAGGCAGAACCUGACAGUUCCUGGACACCUCAAGGUGUAUUCUGUGAGGACAGCCAGGAUGAUCAAGAGGCACCCCAAGAUGUCUCUUCAAGACCUCCCAGCUCUGAGGUUCCCACGGUAAGAAUAAGCAUGGAUCGUAGAGUUGACCAUGAGGAGCUGCAUGGGGAGAUGCUACAGAAAGCAACUGAUAGAUCGUCAGCCUGGCCCUGCCCUGACAGACGUUCCCAGGAGGAGCCUUCUGUUGAAAAGGUCACUUUCCACAUUGGAAGCUCCGUCUCUCCAGAGUCUGACUUUGAAAGCCGCACCAAAAAAAUGGAGGAGCGGCUAAAGACCUGUGGCCCAUUCCAUGGGACUAGUGCCUCUGCCAGGCCUAACAUGGACACUGGCCUGGCUCAAGACCAUCAUGGCUCUAGGUGUUCCUCCAAAGCCCUUCCUCAGGACCAGUUCUCAGGGGGAGAAGGUGUCGCCGAGGACAGACACCUCCAGGCCAACAUCGUGGCAGGUGCUGUGGGACAGCUUAGCCAAGCUCAAGGCCCCCUCGAACCUUCUAGCUGUGCAGCAGCCAGUGGCCAGAAACCACUGGAAGACACUGGAGAUGUGCAAUUAAAAGGCAGGAAAAGACCUUCAUCACAGCCUAUAAACACAUGUAGCCAGCAGGGUAGCCUGCUGGGUGCUUCACAUGUCCCCUGUGGGGAUGCCAGUGGUAAGGCCCACUUCAGGAUGCAAGGAGACAUUCCCAGGAAUGAAAGCUUGGAUAGUGCUCUCGGAGACAGUGACGAUGAGGCGGGCGCAUUAGCUCCGCUAGACCUAGGUCACAGUUGUGACAGGACUGAAGGGUCCUUGGAAGUGGAGCUGCCUCUGCCAAGGUCUCAGAGCACCAGCAAACCAAGUGUUAGAAAUUUUGGCCGCUCACUUCUGGCGGGUUACUGUGCUACGUAUAUGCCGGAUUUGGUGCUGCAUGGAACCAGCAGUGAUGAGAAGCUGAAGCAGUGCCUGGCAGCUGAUCUGAUUCACACGGUGCAUCAUCCAGUACUUGACGAGCCCAUAGCCGAAGCUGUCUGUAUCAUCGCCGACACGGAGAAAUGGACCGUCCAGGUGGCUACGAGUCAGAGGAAGGUGAUGGACACCAUGAAGCUGGGCCAGGAUGUCUUGGUCUCCAACCAAGUGUCCUGUUUACUUCAGUCCAUUCUACAGCUCUAUAAGCUGCACCUUCCUGCCGACUUUUGCAUCAUGCAUCUGGAAGACAGACUACAGGAGAUGUACCUUAAGAGCAAAAUGCUUUCCGAGUAUCUCCGGGGACACACGCGUGUGCACGUGAAAGAACUGAGUGUGGUGCUGGGGAUCGAAUCUAACGACCUGCCUCUGCUGACCGCGAUUGCCAGUACUCAUUCUCCCUACGUGGCGCAGAUCCUCCUAUAGCCGACUGCGGGACAGUUCUUAGAAACCGAGUCGGAAGAGUGAGCUCUUGGUGUUGGCAAAGGCGUGGGAGCACGGAGCAGACACGGAGCCACGACGGAGUGGCUCUCUCAUCGGGAGAAAGUGACCUUCCUGGUGGGAGGAAAACGUCAGCCCUACAGUCAGACUAAGCAGACGACUCUGGUGCCGUUGGGCAGAAUAUUGAGGGCUGACUUUGGAGUGGGGGCAGCCAGCGAAUAGAGCAUUCCAUCAGGAAAAUGUUGCCUGUGUAAGCAUGAGAGAGCAAGAAGUAUUGCUCUAAGAACAAGCAGGAUUCUAGAUCGGAGCUCUCUUUACAGAUGGUGCCGUGAAGAAAGCCACAUUGUGCCGCUGUCUGCGCUGUGCCGCGUCACACAGGAUGUGGAAGGGGAGAGUGCUUUGUCACUCAGUUUGCUGUGACCCCAGUGCAGCCACAUACAGAUCUGAGGGACUGCUGGUGCAAUAAAGCCCAUGCGUGAUUCCGUCUAGCACCCGAUGCUCCUAUCGAGUGCAGCGGUCCGUAUCGGCCCGUGCAGUCUAACACUGGGUAAUCAUCUUCAGCUUUAGCGUCAGCAGCCUUCUCCAGAAAGACCUUCUACCAAAGUUGCUCCCAUGAGCUCAGGUGAGCUCCUCUGGUUGAGCCCUCCCAGCCCGAGCCUCUUUCCUCCUGCGAGUCCAUGCAGAUGCCUGCCUGCACUGAAAAGUGCAUCUGCCCACUGGGAAGUGAGCCCUGCAGCAGCUCGGAGGAAGGACGCAGGCAGUUUGGACAUGUAGAAGCAAUCCAUGCACGGUCUGUUUUUACACGAUCAGCUCUGCACUUUUUAAAACAUCUUUCCAGAAACUGACCAUGUAUAAACCUUGCCCAUGGUGAACUGUAAAAACCCAAAGAACCUUAGACUACUGAGCGUAACACAGUAUGUGUCCAGGACUUUAAAAACAAAAUCUGAUGUUUGAAAGCCAGGAGCCAGUCAGGUCAAGUCAAACCCUGUCAGGUCCUUGGAGGCCUGGCUUUUGGUGCUUGAGAAUGUGGGAUAGUGUCCAGGGGCUCAGACGACUUCCUAGUUUAUAUCUGAUAAAAUCCUGAUCCAUGUGACAUUUCUCUAUUCGUUGAGAGCGUGUGCUCCUGUGGACAAAUGCCAACGUCAUCUCUUAGUAGUCCGGAGCGUGGACGCGCCCUCUCUGCCCCGUCUCCCUUCCCCUCCUGCUCCCUCUCCUCUGUUCACCUUUUGUGAUUUGCAGAAGGUACCUCAAGGCACUUAAGAUCUUUAAUUUGCAUUUUUUGUGUUUGUCCCGUUCUUUGAAAGCUUUCCAUGUUCUGUGAGCUGGCAUUUGAGUUACUGAUUCCCACUUGCUGGCUCCACGGUGUCAUCCUUUGCUGGGAAUCCCACCCGGUCUCAGCUUUCCGAGCACGUGUUUUUCCUCGCCGUGGAGGAAUUGUCAAAGCAGAGGUCAGCCUUUCACCCUCACCGGCUCACAGUGCUCCCUGCUCCCCUCCUUUCUCCCAGCUUCUCUCGUUUACAUGUGGAUACUGCCUCAUCACCAUCUUCUGAGGUUCUGGAGAGAAGGACUCGGUACACAAUUGCUCAGUUCUCAUGUUGACAGCCAGACCUGAGGAACUACGCUGUCGGCAAGUUACUUCUCAGCCUCAUGCAUAAAAAUUUAGCCUGGGCCUUCAGAUCCUACAAAACAAUCUGCCUCUUACUCUAACGUUCCAAAUUUCAGAAAAGCUGGGCGGUCACGUGGGGUUAUCUCAGAGCCCUUCCUGGCCUCUCUUGCUGCUGCAGAGAAGGACACUCUCCUCCUCUCCUGGCUCCCAAGGUGUGGGACGUCCACAUUUUGUCUUAACGUCAGCCUGUUCUCAGAAGCGCAGCAGCAACCGAGUAUCUCACGGACUUCUGUUGAGACGCCCACACCCUGCAUCAUGGAUGGCUUUGUUUUGACAUAGCUGGAGAGUCCAAAAGGGACCCCACCUUCUCCUAGACCCAACUCAAGGGAAAAAAUUUUAAAAAACCUUUUUUUUUAAACGUUGUAAUAAAUCUACCUCAGUUGACAGGAUUCUACCUGCCCUUCGGGCCUCUUCGGCUCGGAAGUCUUACCUGCUGUGUCACUGCUUGUGGGACUGAGCAGCAAGUGAGGCAGGAGAUCGGGGCGGAAGUGUGUCAGUGUUCCUGUGAUGACCUCUUUCUAGCAUGUUGCGGUUUAUAUGCGAUAAGUCGAUAAGUGAUAUGAAUGUAUAGGCAAUUGUGUAUGUUUUAAAAGAUGACAAUGAAAAUUGAAAAUGUAGCUUCCAAACUUGUUCAUAAUUCCAAAGUAUCUUGUUUCAUCAGUGUUACGUGGUGUUUGUACAACUUCAGCUCAUGUUUCAGAAGUGUGCUGUUUUUUACGGACAGGAGCUCAUCUUCUCACGUCUCACAGAGUUGCUGUUUACACAUCACAACUUUUUAACUGUGUUUUUCAGAAUUCGCUUUUCUGGAGGGAAGAAAUUCCCCACUUGCUAAAUGAUCCUAAAUUGUUGUCUGGGCUUUUAAAAAUCAGGUCUUCGGGUUUUAUAAACUAGUCUGUAGCUUUUUAGGUUCUUUGUUAGUUGGACGUACAUAAGGAAUAUAAAAUGACCCUCACAUUCUUUCAGAUGUCUGGGGUUUUUCUCCAUCGAUGCACACUCGGGAUUCUGUUCACACGGACUUCAUCGUGAAAUCAAGAAGGUCCAUAGCGUCUCUUAGUCAAUGUGAAAUGGUUUGUUUGUUUGAUUUUUUUUUAUUGUGCUUGGCAGAAAGGACAUUUUAAUAUAAUUUUUACUUAAAGCAGCCCCUCUGAAUGUUAAUUUUUAAAAUGUUAAAAUUUGUUGAACAUCUGGAACAUGCGUUUGCAUUAUGUUUAAAUUUCAGUGUUUUAAAAAGGAAAAAUUCUGGGAUAAAUUAUUAUUGAACUUUCAUUAAGAGAAAUUUUUAGGACUGUUUUUUAAAUCAGUUGAAUGGAUACCUGUGUCAGUGUGGAAUUUUUUUUCCUUAAAGCAACAUUCAUGUAUUGUUUUAAUCCAUUUUUUCUGUGACAUUU